AUGGACCAGCUGACCUCCCUACAGGAGCAGGCGCUCCGCGCGAUGGAAGGUGCAGGCAAGACCUUCCUGGCUGUCCAUCGCUUGCUCGACGAGCUCCAGAGCAGUUCGCAAGCUCAAGUCCUGUACGUCGCGCCUUCUUCUGCCCUGGGGCUUCACGUCCUCCAGUGGCUGGCCAUGCGUCGAACUGGGAAGGGCCGGCCGAGCGAAAGCAAGAUGAAUUCCUGGAUUCAAAGAGUCGCUUUGCUACACAGUCCCUAUGAAGAACUUCUUUGGCCAAGUGUAAGUCAGGGGCGCAUUAUCUGCUCUCAGCGCACUUGCACGGAGCACUUCCAGCUUGCAGUCGUGGACGAGGCUCACUCGGUCUUUCGGCCCGACUCUGCCGUCUUCCCGCGUCUAGAAAGCAUCGUGUGUGAUCAGUGGCUGUUGUGCUCCGAUGCGUCACAGUCAUCUGCUGUCGAGCAGACCUACCCAUGGCCUGGCAUUCAGACAGUCAAGCUGACACAGGUUCUGCGGAGCACCAAGCGCAUUGUUGCUGGUUCUGCUGCCUUCCGCCUUGAUUCGGGUAUGGCUGACGUGGCGACAGCUCUGAGCACGGAUGGCCCCCCUCUCAAAUCCUUCAUCUUCAACCUGUCGGACCCCUCUCAGCGCUUCGAGGAGUAUGCGAAGCAUGUCGUCACGGCCCUGUGGCACGUGGUGCACAGCUUCCCCGGCACCAGCCUGCACAAGCGCGUGGCCUUGCUGACGCCAGACGAGGCCUUCUGCCUCCAGCUGCGGCCCAUUUUGCAGAAACGACUGAGAGAGGAGCUUCCGCAUCGCAACCUGUGCUUGAUGGAUUUUCGGGAGUCCCUGAGCCAUCUGCCUAAUCUGGCAGCCACCCAAGCUCCUCAAGCCAAAGAGCACCUGGUCUUGGACUCCAUGAGCAGCGCGGAGGGCUUAGAGCAACUGGUGGUGAUCUGUGUCGGGCUGGAUGCCCCGAUACAGAGCUGUGCGGUGGAUCUGGAAACGCGCGCGCAGCUCUACAAGGGGCUGACCAGGGCCCAAAUGCUGGCCCUCGUGGUGAAUGAGCGGGUCGAGGGGGGUUGGCUUGAGUUUCUGUCCGUGGUGCAGUUCCAAGAGGCCAAGUUCGAAGCACGGCGGGUGAGUCUCGCACAGAAGGGGGCGGCCAUCGUCCACAAAGAUGCCGUGGACAGCACGCGCCAAGCGAAGCAGCCGGAAGCGCCUGAAGCGCCUGAAGCGCUUGCGGACACGGCCGCCGAGCCCGAGCACGUGGAGCACACGGAGCACGCGGAUAACCCGGGCACGUCAGAGGACGGAUGGCUCAAUCCCAAGGCAUCUUCUGUACUGUUUUGCUGGCAAGUCCAGGGGCCCUAG